UGGACUCAUAUAUUGAUGGCCUAUGCAUUUACUUUCUGGACAUGCUUUUGUUUACGGAAUGAAUAUGCAAAAGUUGCCGAAAUGCGCUUGCACUUUCUCGCUUCUACAAAACGUCGUCCUGAUCAGUUUACUGUUCUUGUCAGAAAUGUGCUACCAGAUCAAGAUGAAUCAGUUAGUGAGGCAGUGGAGCAUUUUUUCUUGGAAAACCAUCCAGAUCAUUAUUUAACUCAUCAGGUUGUAAUCAAUGCCAAUAAGCUUGCAAAACUGGUAAAGAUGAAAAAGAAAAAGAAAAACUGGCUUGACUAUUACCAGUUAAAAUUUGCAAGAAAUCAAUCAAGGCCAAUAACCAAGACUGGUUUUCUUGGCCUUUGGGGAGAUAAAGUGGAUGCUAUUGAUCACCAGACAACUGAAAUUGACUGGUUAGAAAGGGAAAUAGCUGACGAGAGGAAUAGGGUAACGAGUGAUCCUAAGUCCAUCAUGCCAGCAGCAUUUGUUUCCUUUAACACUAGGUGGAGUGCUGCUGUAUGCGCUCAAACACAACAAUCUAGAAAUCCAACUCGGUGGUUAACAGAUUGGGCUUCGGAACCACGUGAUGUCUACUGGGAUAAUCUUGCUAUCCCCUAUGUUUCACUGUCUAUUAGGAAGCUUAUCGUCACUGUCGCUUUCUUCGUCCUCGCCUUUUUCUUCGUGAUCCCUGUGUCUUUCGUGCAAUCUCUUACACAUGUAGAGCGCAUUUUAAAACGCGCACCAUUUCUCAAGCGGAUAAUUGAAGGUCGCUUUGUCAAGUCUAUGGUAGAAGGAGUUUUACCUGGUAUUGCCUUAAAGCUUUUCCUACUUGCUCUACCAAAAAUACUGAUUAUGAUUGCGAAAGUGGAGGGCUUGCUGUCAAUAUCAGCUCUGGAGAGGAUUUCUGCAUUCCGAUAUUAUAUCUUCAACUUCACAAAUGUCUUCCUUGUGAGUGUAAUUGCUGGAACUGCAUUUGAACAACCAGAUAAUUUUCUUCAACAAUCUGCAAAUGACAUAGCUAAAAUAAUUGGUGUGUCGAUCGCUAUGAAAGCAACAUUCUUCAUUACUUACGUAAUGGUGGAUGGAUGGGCCAGUGUCGCCGGAGAAAUCUUCAGACUGACACCUCUGGUACUGUACCACCUAAAAAAUUUCUUCAUGGUGAAGACGGAAAAGGACAGAGAAGAGGCAAUGGAUCCGGGAAGCAUCGAAUUUCAUAAGGCCGAACCUCGGAUACAAUUAUAUUUUCUUCUAGGCCUUGUCUAUGCUGUGGUCACCCCAAUGUUCCUUCCAUUCAUAUUGGUUUUCUUUGCUUUCGCUUAUGUCAUAUUUCGCCAUCAGAUCAUAAAUGUAUACAACCAAAAAUACGAAAGUGCAGCGUCGUUUUGGCCGGAUGUCCACGCGCGUAUAAUCUAUUCAUUGGUCAUAUCUCAGAUUACGCUAAUAGGAUUGAUGAGUACCAAAGGGAAUUCCCUGUCCACGAUAUUCCUCGGCGUGCUUGUAGUGCUGACCAUUUGGUUCCAUGUGUUCUGCAAAGGCCGUUACGAACCUGCUUUUGUUAGAUAUCCUUUGCAGGAGGCAAUGAGGAAAGAUACGCUGGAAUGUGCAACAGAGCCGAACCUGGAUCUGAAGAGCUAUCUUCAGAGCGCCUACAUCCAUCCGGUGUUUAAAAACGAAGACGAUGGGAACAUGGUCAUAAAGCUGAAAAAUGAGCUCAUGAUAAAUAGUUACAAAACAAUUGAUGGGAGAGGGGUUAGGGUUGAGAUUGCAUAUGGGCCUUGCAUAACUAUACAACAUGUGAGCCAUGUGAUCAUACAUGGUAUUAGCAUCCAUGAUUGUAAGCCCGGGAAGUCCGGGACCGUACGGGAUAGCCCUACCCACCUCGGCCACCGACGCGGCUCUGAUGGCGACGCCAUCGACAUAUUUGACUCCUCCGACGUGUGGAUUGAUCACUGUUAUCUUGCGCGUGCCACCGAUGGCCUCAUCGACGUGAUCCACGGCUCCACCGGGAUAACCAUCUCCAACAAUUUCUUUGCACAACAUGAUAAAGUUAUGUUGUUUGGCCAUGAUGACAAGAAUUUGGAGGACAAAAAAAUAAAAGUCACAGUAGCUUUUAACCGUUUUGGGCCUGGUUUGAUUCAAAGAAUGCCAAGGGUAAGGUUAGGUUAUGCACACGUGGCAAAUAACAGAUACGACCAAUGGCAAAUGUAUGCUAUUGGUGGAAGUGCCAAUCCAACUAUUUUCAGUGAAGGCAACUACUUCAUGGCCCCUAACAAUCCUUCUACAAAACAAGUUACAAAGAGAGAGGCUAAAAAUGGAUGGAAUAGCUGGAAAUGGAGAUCAUCAAGGGAUAGGUUCAUGAAUGGGGCAUAUUUUGUGCCUUCCGGAUAUGGAAGCAUAACUCCUGGCUACACCAAAGCGCAGUCGUUUCGUGUGGCGGAUGGAUCGAUGGUGCCUUCGUUAACGACGGAUGCAGGCCCAUUGAACUGCUAUGCUAAUAGGCCUUGCUAAAAUGUUUCAUGUGAAUAGUAUAUGAUAGUGAUUUUGUGACAUACAAAAAUCAUCAUAUAUCAUUGUAAAAUCAACCUGCCGUUUUUAGAGAAAAGCAGGAAUAAGGCUAGUUGAACAUUUAAGUGUUUUUUUUUUCGUUUAAGUAUCAGUUUUGAGGGAGAGCUUGUGCUAAGUUGCUAACUGCAAAUAUAGUGUUAGCCAGCUUUUUCUCUUGGAGAUUUGGCCACGCUGUAAAUUAUUUGUAUGCACGGAUGUUUAUUUGAUUUAUAUUUAUGAUCUUGGCAUCUUGAA